AUGCCAUUACUCUGUUUGAGUGAAAAUCGAACAUUAUGUUGUGGUUUAUGUAAAAAAAAACGACAAAUUUUAAAAUUUAAAUCAAAAAAAUCUCCAACAAAAUUAGGUGAUUUUGGUAUUGUUAAUAUUGUUCAAGAAACGACACCAACUUUACCAGAUAAUCAAUCAUAUUUAACAUCAAUUCAAUCAGAUAUAUAUGAAAAACAAACACCAAUACAACAAUUAACUGAACAAACUGUUCAAAUGCUUGAUGAUAUACCACCUAUACGUGCUAAUCAACCACCUGUAAGUGAACGUUUAAUAAAAUCGAAAAUAAUACCUGAACCAGCACGUGCAUUAGCGAAUGCACUAAAACAUGCUGUUGUUAGACCAUUAAAAAAGACGAUAACAAAAAAAAAAUCUUUUGAUGGAAAUCUAUCUGAACAACAAAUAAUACAUAAUCAUCCACCUAUUGUUCAUUCAUUUUCUACUCCAUCAUCAAUACUUAUUGAAAAUAAUGAUCAACAAUUAAAUGAAAUAUCUAUUGAUUCAAAUGAAUCAACAAAUGCAAUUCCAUUAACAUUAUCACCAAUUAAACCACCACGUUUAAGUGAUGAAUCAGGUUCAUCAUCAUCUAUUGAAAUUAAUUCACCACCACCAGCAAAACCACCAAGACAUUUUUCUUUAUAUAAAAAUGAUCAUGAAAAUAGUUUAAUACAACAAACAAAUAAUGUUGUAAAAAAAGUUUUAAAUAUUGUUGAUACAUUUGAUAAUGAUACAAAUAUUUUACGACAAUCAUCAUUAAAUGCAAAUCAAUCACUUAAUUGUCAAAUAUCGAAUAGUUUAAAAAAUAUUGAAACAUUUUCUGUUCAACCAAUUUGUAUUGCAAUAAAUACUGAUCUUUCAUUAAUGACAAAAUCUAUUGAUACUAGUAUAGAUAAACCAAUGACAAUCAAAUCAUUGCCUUCUUCUUCUUCUUCUAUUGAACAAUUGAAUAGUUCAGAAAAAUCAAUAAAUGAAAUCAUUCCAAUUGAAAUAAGUCAAUUGGCUAAAGAUGUAACAGAAAAUAUUUUACAAGAAGUUGAAAAACAAACUAAAUUAACAAAUUUGAAUUCAACUAUAAAUAAUAAUCAACAAAUUUUAUUUGAUAAACUUACGCAAUUAGAACAUGAACAAAUGAAUAAAAAAUCUUGUGAUAAUAUACCAUUAAUUUUUCCUUCUAAAAUUACUACUCAUAUAUUACCUACUCAAACUAUAUCACGUCCAUCGAUGUUUGUUUCAUUGAGUUCUUCAUCAUCAUCAUCAUCUAAUACGACGACUAAAACAAAUUCACCAUUACUUGAUAUUGUUACAACAAAAGCAGCACCUUUAUUUACAACUUCAGUAAGAGUUACUAGUCCAUCAACAUCUAUACUUUCAUCAACAUCAAAAACAAUUACAUUUACCAAUGAUGAAUUAACUAAUACAUCAAAAUUAAUUUCUCAUAGUAAAAAAAUUUCUACUCAUACGAAAGUAUUACAAACUAAUAGUAAACAAGAUAAUCUUGAUUCAACAACAUUAACUUGUUCAUUUCCAUCUGAUUAUGAUAAUUUACAUGGUUCAAGUAGAAGUUUAAAUUAUGAUAAUCAUCAAACAGAAAUCUUAUCAUCAACUAUACCUUCAUCAUCAGAAACAAUGUCAUCAACUACAUCAUCAUCAAUGACAACAAUAUAUGAAAGUUUAGAUAAUUUUCCAUCAUUAUCAUCAUCAACAACAAGUCCAACAUAUGUAUCAGCAGUUAGUACAUUUAAUACAGGUGGUACAACAACACCACAACAUUUAGAUUUUGAUAUAAGUGAUGAAGAUCUUAUUGAAUCAUUUGAUAGUGAAAAAACACCUCAAGUUUCGACGCCUAUAAUCGAAAUAAUUGAAGAUAAUAGCGAACCGAUUGAUGAAUGCGAUAUGACAUUUCUUACUGAAGUUCUUGCUCAAUACAAUCAGAAUCUUCAUCAUCAAGAUAAUCUCGAAACAACAAAUGUUCAAACAUCAUUUAAUAAAGAAGCUCAAAAUGAAUCGAGAAAUCAAUAA